GCCCUUUACUGUGUGAACUACAUCUCAAUGAAAAGCAGCCACCUGCUAUAACUGCACAUGUGGAUUUCCAGGCUUCUGUUCUCAGAAGACCCUGUGGGGCCAGGGCUCUGACAUUUGGGAAGAUAGGGUCUGGCCACUGGUCCCCAGCACCGCCCCUCCUAGCCUGUCGGUGGGCUGAUUUGCAUGCCCUGUUGAGGUCCUGUGGCCUCCCCUGUGUGCCCUGAAGCACCUGGAGCCUCUCAACUCAAGGACUCCUACCUGCCUCCCAGCCUCCAGCUAUGGCCUGCUGGCACCUGGCCCUCCUUCUGACUGGGGUCCUCCUGGAAGUCUCCCAGCCGGCCCUGGCCCAGCGGGACUCACUGCUGGUCUUCCCAGGCCAAGUGGCCCAACUCUUGUGCAUGCUCAGCCCCCGUCAUGCCACCGUUGGGGACUACGGCGUGUCUUGGUAUCAGCAGCGGGCAGGGAGUGCCCCCCGCUUGCUCCUCUACUACCGCUCAGAGGAGGACCACCACCGGCCCCCUGACAUCCCUGAUCGCUUCUCUGCAGCCGCGGAUGCCGCCCAUAACUCCUGCAUCCUGACCAUCAGCCCCGUGCAGCCUGAGGAUGACGCCGAUUAUUACUGCUUCGUAGGCAUCAAAUCAUAGGGGGGGAUGUGGGAUGAGUGCCUCCCAUCUGCCUCCCGCUCUCCUGACCCUGGGACCCUAUCUUUCCCUGAGCCUUGAUUUUCCUCUUCUGUAAAAUGGGAUAACAAUAUUCAACAUGUCAAAAAUAACUAUUCAUGA